AGGGGACGGAGGAAAGGGGAGGGGAAGGGUCCCCUCCUCUGGUGACGUCAGAGAGGCGGCUAGGUGUCCGCGGCCGGAGCUGCCCCAGAGGGAGCCGAGGCUCCGGAGCGGAGCGAGAGCGGGCCCCGGAGCUGGGAAGGAGCAGCUCGGGAAGCCGGACCCACGGAUUCGCGGAUACGGACACUCAGCCUUCCCUGGCCCGGGUCCGGCGCCCCGGGCCGCCCAUGGCCCGGCCCACCGCCCUCCCGCUGCUACUGCUGUUGUUCCUGGGGACCGGAGCCGAGAACGUCCAGGUGCAAGUGCAAGCUGAGGUUCGGGGCCUUCUGGGAAAUGAGGUGAAGCUCCCCUGCCACCUUCUGUCGGGGAAAGAGAAAAAAAUUCGAGUGUCCCAGGCCAUGUGGCUCCGCUGGGACAGAGACGGGGGCAGCCAGAGCGUGGCCGUCUUCCAUCCCCAACAUGGUGCCAGCUUCCCGAAUUCAAACCCCUAUGACCAGCGUAUGUCGUUCGCCAUUAGAAACUUCACAAAAACGGAGGCAGAGCUAAGGGACGCCACCCUGCUGUUGAAGGGGCUGAGGGCCGAGGAUGAGGCCAACUACACCUGCGAGUUUGCUACCUUUCCCUGGGGGAGCAGCAAAGGAGCCACUUGGCUCCGAGUUCUGGCUGAGCCCCAAAACCAUGCGGAGUCCCAAGAGGUGAUACUGGCCCCAGACCCAAAGCCCAUGGCCCGAUGUGUCUCCAGCGGGGGCCGUCCCCCAGCCCGCAUCUCCUGGUUCUCUCCCCUGCCUGGUGAAGGCACUGAGACGAAGACAGCCGGGCCUCUGCCUGGCACCUUCACUGUCACCAGCCGCUUCACCCUAGUGCCCAUCCCUCAAGCCAAUGGGGCAAAGGUCACCUGUAAGGUGGAACAUGAGACCUUCUCAGAACCUGUCCUGAUCCCCCUCACCCUUUCCGUGAAAUACCCCCCUGAGGUCUCCAUCUCUGGCUAUGAUGACAACUGGUUUGUUGGUCGAGUCGAAGCCUCCCUGAGUUGUGAUGUCCAGAGUAACCCAGAGCCCACAAGCUACAAGUGGAGCACGAUCACUGGCUCACUCCCCACAACAGCUGUGGCCCAGGGACCCCGGCUCAUCAUUCGCACGGUAGAUGAGGCAGCCAAUACCACCUUUGUCUGCAGUGUUGUCAACGCUGUGGGCACCGGCCGGGCUGAGCAGACUAUCCGAGUCAGAGAGUCCCCCGACACAGCGGGUGCUGGUGCCACUGGUGGCAUCAUUGGUGGCAUCAUCGCAGCCAUCAUUGCUCUGGCCGUGGCUGCCACCGCUAUCCUGAUCUGCCGACAGCAGCAGAAGGAGGAAGAGCUACGUGGAAGACCUGACGAAGAGGAAGAUGAGCUGGAAGGCCCUCCUGCAUACAAGCCUCCACCUCCUAAGAUGAAAUUGGAGGAACCAGAAAUGCCCUCUCAGCUGUUCACUCUAGGUAGUUCGGAGCACAUCCCUCUGAAGACCCCAUACUUUGAGCCUAGCCUGGUGGCACCUGAACAGGACAUGCCACGAUACCAUGAGCUGCCUACCCUGGAGGAGCGGGCAUCUGCCAUGCCCUCGAACCUGGAGGAGCCAGGAGCUGCUGCUGGAGAAGAGAGGCUUUCCCUGGAGGACAAGGACGACUACCUGGACAAGAUCAACCCCAUCUAUGACGCCCUGGCAUAUACCACGGCCGAGGCCUACCAAGUUAAGGGCUUCGUCAUGUCCCGGGCAAUGUACGUGUGAGCCCCCUGCCCGCCUCCCACCGCAGGAAGCUGGCUGCUGCCCCCCGCCCUCGGGGCUGGGGACCACCGCCUCCCCUUGGGAGUCGUCCUCCUCGAGCCCUCUGACACCCACCAAAGCCGGGCCCUUUGCCAUGACUGUGACGUCACACCUGCCCUCUAACUUAUACCGGUGACUUGGGGACCUGUAGAGUGUGGCCCCUGGCUCAAGAAUGGCCAUGCCUGUGACCCAGGCCAGGACCUCUGGGCCGGACCCUCCCCCACCUCGCUGCUUACCCCCGCCUCCUCGACCCCACCCGCCUUUCCCUGCACCCAGACUUGAGCCCUGGGCUGCAGGAUGGGAUCCGUCCCAGUCCCCUGCACACACUUCCUGCGGGCAGGAGAGGUGGGCUGCCCGCCUCCAGCCCGCCCCGGGGGCAAAGGCCUGACGGGCUGGCUGGGCUAGCCCUGCCCCCGCCCCCAGCCUGGGGGGGAGGGGAACUGAGUUUUGUACACAAGUGUUUCCUAAUAAACCACUUUUUACGUCUCUA